UACGUCCUCAUCACCGCAUCUCUUUCCUACCUCCCCUCCAUCUGCCUCAGAGCCUGUAUUACUCCAUUUCAGCGCGCUGCCAAAGUCCCCCAAUUUCACGCCUUUGCAUCUGCAGAGACCACGGCCGCUGCCUCUUUACCUUCAAAAAAACCUGCUCUGUGCCUUUUCAACUGCGCGCAGCGCGCCCACUACAAUUCUCACGAGAACUAUACGAUUGUCUUGACGGGCAUGGUCAUCAGUGGCUUGAGGUACCCUAGAGUUGCAGCUGUGGCGGGAAUGGUGUAG